UUUUGUUACAUUAACAUCUUGAGGGAUUGUUUCGUCGUGUCGAGUUUUGCGACAAUAAAAAUUCAAUUAAAAUAAAAACAUUACUGUGUUUUAUGGAAGUAAAGAUUUAGAUUGAAAUAUCUUUGGUGGUUUCACAUGUUCCUAGAUUUACAACCCUGACUGAAGUCAGUAAAGCGAACAUUCAACGUUAUAUCCUACUCUGAUCAUGGUAUUCUUUAGACGUUACCUUGUCCGGUUGUUCCGGCUGCGGAACCUAGUCACGUUUACGAUCAUACUGAUCAUUCUCUACAUGAUCAAGAACAUCAGCAAUAUCACUGUAGACUCCGAUAUCCCUGCGCAAGAGGCUCAAGUAAAGCCGGUCGACGCUCCAGAGAAACCUCCGUAUUUUGUGCCCACAAGUGCAAAGAAAAAAGACUGGCACAACUACACACAAAUAAGAGAAGACCAGAAUCGAGAGGGUAUUGGAGAACACGGGCAGCCAGCCGAAUUGCCGGAGAAGGAUAGUGCUUUGGAAGAGCGGCUUUACGCCGAGAAUGGCUUCAACGGAGCCCUAAGCGACAGGAUUCCUUUAAACCGGUCUCUGCCGGAUAUCAGACAUCCCGGCUGCAAAAAGAAGCUGUACAUCGAGUCUCUGCCUACCGUCAGCGUGGUGGUUCCAUUCCACAAUGAGCAUUGGAGCACGCUGCUGCGGACAGCGUACGGGGUCCUCAACCGGUCGCCUCCACACCUGCUCAGGGAGAUAUUUCUAGUCGACGAUGCUAGUACCAAAACAUUGAAGUACUUUGCUGCGUACGGGGUCCUCAACCGGUCACCUCCGCACCUGCUCAGGGAGAUAUUUCUAGUCGACGAUGCUAGUACUAAAAGUGAGUGA